AUGGCGAACACAUCUAAAGAUACCAGACGGGAAGCUCCGCCGAAAUCAGGCAACGCCGAGUUGAAACUCAUACAGUGGCCACCGAAAAGACUUGAGAACGUGCUUUCGAAACCACUAGAAAUUCUGCUCAGUCUGCUUUGCUUGUUCAUGGUGGCUGUCAUCAUAGCAUACAUUGGGAUCUUGCUUCUGAACGAUGGCCGCGACAUUGAAAGCUUUCCCAGGACGUGGAAGUUUGCAAGCGAAUUUUCCCGGCUCGGCCCCACGAUUGUACCUUUGAUAUUUGCCUUCGUUGUUGGUAGAACUGUCAGGAGCUAUACGCAUUGGAGAUUACAAAAAGGAGAGAGUAUUGGGACCUUGGACAGCCUCUUCGGAUCAACCACGUUAACCGGCACGAUCACUACUAUACUCGAUCUGAAGAAGGUUGGGAUCUUGGGGCUCUCACUGAUGAUCAUUUGGUCGCUUUCACCACUCGGAGGGCAAGCAGCGCUUCGAGUUCUGACCCCGCGAGCCGAAGAAAUCUCGUCUACCACGUCCCUUCCAUACCUGAGCAACGAGGUUCCUUUCCCCUCAAGAUAUGCAACGGUAGGGAUCACUGGCCAACAAAUUCCUAUCAACGCAUUAGUCUUGGGAUCUCUGGGAGCCACAGAAGCAGUAAAAAGGUCAAAAGUCGAUACAUGGGGCAAUGUCAGGAUCCCCAUGCUCGAGUCUUUUUCGAAUCAUACCCAACUUGAUAGCAACGAGUGGAUCCUUCUGAAUCGGUCCGAGGACGAUGUGGUAUAUGCUGCACUUGUUGGGCUCCCCAUUGCCAAUGUUUCUCAAAGACAUAGGUCUAGUUUCGCUCUAGAGACCUCGUACUUGAAGUUGGACUGUACAGAACUACGCGAAUUUCCAGGAAACGCCUCCAAAGCAGUCAACAUUCCGCGGGAAGGAUGUAGAGAUGGUGCGUGCAAUCAGAGAUUCAAAUGGGGCGAACUGGCAACUGUUCCAUAUCCUCAAGGAAUGCGGAACUCGACGCGGGUCACUGAACGAUGUGUUGUGCCUGGCAUUGCUGCCAGAGAGUUGCUUUACUGGGACUACAACUCUGUGGCUUCGGGAGGCGGCCAUACAAUGGCGAAAUGUUCCAUGACAACGUCGUUCGUCGACGUUCGUGUCAUAUGUUCGGGCUGGGAUUGCGAGGUUACAGCAAUACGACCGACGGCACUGGCUCCUGGGGGAAGUCGGAGGACAAAUAUCACCUUCUUCGACAGCUGUCCCAAAGAGGAUAGAAGCGUAUGGAAUUGGUUUUUCCAGUGUUUUAGCACUUUGACGGACAGCGGUAGUGGCGGAGUGGGUGUGACCACCAUUUUACAAUCGUAUUUGGUUGAUCCUAAUUUGGGAUUUAACUCUACGGCUGCUCGUAACCUUCCGCCGGUCUACACGAUAGCAAAAGAGCUAUUUUCUGUCCGCCUGAGCCAGAUUCUGAAUACCUACUGGCUGGCCAUGAUCGGGAACGAGCCGCUAUUCUUGGGCCAUCCCGAGAACUAUGACGGCGUGACAACAUGGUCUUCGGGAAGCGGAAACGCCUUGUCCUACGACAACUACGUCUUCUCAAAGUCAGAAGCCACUGUAUACGUUCGCGUACAAGCUCUUCGGUAUGACAAGGCAUGGAUGGCCGUUCUCAUCGUGUCGACCUUCGUGUUGCUGCUCACAGCGGUCUUGGACAUUGCGCUGAGCCUGAAAAUUUGGGUCCCGAAGCUGCUCAUGAACAUCUCGACUCUAACGAGGGGCAACCCGAACUUUGACGUGCCGGCUGGCGGUGGAGCACUUUCGGACGAGGCAAGAGCGAAGCUGCUAGCAAAUGUCAAAGUGAGGUUUGGGGACGCCGAGGGUCUCGAUGAAUCUUCUGAUCUCAUCAUUGGGAAUUGUGUGGAACACGGCGGUCGCGUGUCUAAAUUGACGAAGGGGAAACUUUACACCUGA